AUGUCUGUUGUUGCUGCGAAAAAUCGUUUGAUGGCCGAGUAUAAGGGACUUGCAAAGGAGUUAUGGGUCAAUAUCGAGCUGGACGAAGGUGCCCUUUUUGUAUGGCAGAUCGGUUUAAUGGUCAUUAAUGAUGAGAGUAUUUUCAACGGUGCUUACUUCAAGGCCGAAAUGACUUUCACCGACAAUUAUCCUUUCAGUCCUCCCACCUUUAAGUUCCUCCGACCGAUCCAACACCCAAAUAUCUACCCCGACGGCAAUUUAUGCAUCUCAAUCUUACAUGCUCCCGGAGAAGACGAGCAAUCUGGGGAAACUGCCAGUGAGCGUUGGUCACCAUUACAAGGAGUUGAAUCGGUCUUACGUUCCAUCCUCCUUCUCCUUGAUGAUCCCGAGAUCAACUCUCCUGCAAAUGUCGAUGCAGGAGUGAUGUACCGUGAUAACAGAGAAAAAUAUAACCAGGAAGCUAAGGCCGCCGUUGCUGCCUCGAAGCAGGAUAUUCCGGCCGAUUUUGAAAUGCCCACAACACUUGAGACUGCCCCUCCCGCCAAACUCGUCAACGAUGAUGCAUUCUGGGCCGAGAGUGAUGACGAGAACGAUUUCGGAGCUAGCGACAGUUCUGGAGAAGACUUUGGUAUGGAGGACGGAGAUGAAGAGGAAGAAGAAGAGGAUGGUGAAGAGCCUGAGGGAAGCGAGGAAGAGGUCGAAGAAGAAGAUGUGAAAAAAUAG